AUGGAGGAGCAAUUCAUACUUCGAGUUCCACCCAAUGUGGCGGAGCGGAUAGAGUGUCUUCUGAAUGAAAACAAUGCUCCUUCAUCAGAAGACAAGUCACUAGAUUUGUCAUUUAGUGAGGAUGGAAGAAGUGGUACAUUUAUGAUUGGGAAUGAACACUUCGCAGCUUCUCUAUUGGAUCUUCCUUGCGUUGUUGAAUCCUAUAAUAAGACUUAUGAUGAUAACUCUUUGAUUAAGACUGCCGAUAUUGGCCAGAUGAUUAUGGUGAGGGAAUCUGGUGAUGCUGCUCCAGAUGUUAUUGAGUACAGACAUGGCCUCACUCCACCCAUGAGAGAUGCUCGCAAGCGUAGAUUUCGCAGGGAGCCUGAUCUUAAUCCUGAGCUUGUCUCCCGUGUUGAGAAAGAUCUUCUCAAAAUCAUGGCUGGAGGAACAGCGGACAAUCUUGAUGUGGAAGCAGCUGAGCAAGAGGAAGGGGAUGAGAAUGCCCGAGGUGCCAAUAAAAAAGCUGCACCUAAGCCUGCACCAAAACAUGAUGCUCCAGAGAAUCUUACUAAUGCAGGGGAACUUGACAGGAGUGAUUCUGAGGAAUCUGAUGACUCAGUCUGACCAAAUCCACUACCAAAUGAAUAUUUAUAUCACAAUGAUGAAAUGAAAAUCUGU